UUCAAAACUUGUUCAUAGAAUUUAUAAAAAUAUAGCACAAUGAAAUUUUUUUCAGUAAUACUAUUCAUUCCAUUGGUUCUGGGAUCUACUGACCCGUCACCAAGAGAUAGCCCGAAAUUCAGUAUGGCUCAUGCGGAAUUACCAUUUCCAAUCUGUGGGAAUUGUUCAAAGAUAAGAGACUUUCAAGGCAAUACUGGUUUCGCCUGCCAUUACGAAGAUGAUCAAAAAGUUGUACAAAAGUUUGGAACCCCAACCAAUAAUUUUCCGGAUUGUCUGCCAGAGACGUACAUGCUAACUGGUGACAUAAACUACUUGUGCUGCUUUUGGUCGCCGGAAUUGGGAUGCACGGCGCUCAUUGGUAGACAACUCCAUGAUACAAAUCAUGACUACUGCGACACGUGCAAACAUAAUUGCACCGGAGUAAAGAAUGCUGAUUCCGCCGGAAACAAUAAGAUACCAGGCUACGGAUAUUUAAUUUCCCUCGUUUGUUUGGCAUUCCGGAUAUGUUAAAAUAAAUUAUUAGUAGUUCCAAA